AUGAACCCUCUACCGCAGCAGGGAUAUUUCAACCCCAAUAACGCCACAAAUGGAAGCAUGCUGACGAUUUGGCUCGACGGCACACCAGGCGAGCCCAUCAACGCCAUCAUCUCGUCCAACUCGUCCGCUGAAGUGCUCUGCCCGGAAGGCUUCCUCCGCUAUGCCACAUCCAUCAACUUUGGUGUCUCGUGUCUAGGCAACGUCAACGGCAGCGACCAGUACGCCAACCUCGGCGACGGAUUUGGCAUUCGCCAGCAGGGCAACUACGGCGGUGGCAACGGCGUGCUCCGUUGGAACUAUGGCGAUCCUAGCUUUGGCACGUGCAAGGAAUCCAUCGAAGGCGACAACCAUUUCCGCUGGUUCCUGCAGAACGGCUCUUCGGCGUUCACUGGCGCCAUCUUCAUCGCUGCGUCGAUGGAAGAAUCGGCAGCGUUGGGGCAUAUGAUUCAGCGCGAUGGGUACAACCGUGGACGCGACUAUCUCGCGGGUAAUGCGACAAAGAAUGCGACAACCAGCUACAAGGGUUAUGUUUGGAGUACCAAGCUCGAGUGGAUCCCGGCGGGGGUGCUACUAAAUGCUACGUCGCAGGGGAUCAACCAUCCGGACGUGGCGCUGCCGGGACAGCCGGUCCAGGAUGGAAGGGUGGCCCUGUUGACGGUAACGCAGUUAGAGCAGCCGUCCAAUGCCACGUCGACCUCUUCAGCGUCGGCGUUGAGCCUUGGCUUUGAUUGGAGUCUCGCCGCGCUCGUUGCCUUGGCACUGGGCUUGCUUGUGCUUGUCUAG